CACAAGCUAUAAAAAAGAAAAGUGUUCAAAGAUGCAAAAAAUUGUAAGUGGACACAAUCUCAGCGAUAAGCAUUUGGUUUGGAGGACAAUAAAUUAUUAACUCGUAGUGAUUAAGAAAAGGUUAAAUUAAUAAAAAAAACGUUUUUGUCCACAUGCGAUGUUAUGCAACUUUGGCAUCUAGAAAAUACGUGCGCAUGGUCGUGCCCUCGUUCCUUUGACAGCCGUCUUUAACCUAAGAAUUGUGUCACGUUUUUUCUUUGAUGAAAAUUUGAUAGAAAAUAAUUGCGCAAAAUGUCGUGGAUUUUCGGUUACGGUAGACGCGACCAGCAGCCCCCUGACAUGUCCCAAUUCGGGGCGCCCCCGGCCGGUGGGAGUGGAGGUGCCGGUGGUGACAUCCCCAACGAUCCAAAACUGACCAAAGCUGAAAGAAAGCAAAUGGAAGCUUACAGAUUCGACUCGACGGCUUUGGAACGUGCGGCCCAAGCCGCAAAAGAGCUCGAGAGAUCGUCACAUGCGAAGGAAGCGCUCGAAUUGUCCAAGUUGCAAGAAACCACCAGACAGGUCGAGCAGCAGGCGAAAAUCAAGGAGUAUGAGGCGCACAUUGCUCAGAUGCAAAUUGAGGCCAAAAGGGCCGAAGCCGAGGAGAAGAGGAAGCUGCUGGUGGAGGAGACGAAGCAGCACCAAGCGAGGGCGCAGUACCAGGACCAGUUGGCUAGGAAGCGAUAUGACGACCAGCUCGCCCAACAACAAAGGAUGAACGAAGAGAAUUUGAAGAGACAGGAGGAGUCCGUUGCCAAACAAGAGGCCAUGAGGAAGGCCACCAUUGAGCACGAGAUGGAGCUGAGACACAAGAACGAAAUGAAAAGGGUUGAGGCUGAACUGAAGGCCAAAGCUAAAGUUGACAGGGAAAAUCGCGACUUGACUCUUGAACAAAUCAGGCUCAAAGCCACCGAAAAUCGCGUCACGGUGCUCGAGAGUAUAAAAACGGCAGGGUCUGUUUUGGGGACAGGUGUCCACGCCUUGCUCACAGACUGGGACAAGGUUUUAACAGCUGCGGGUGGGUUGUCCCUCCUGGCUUUGGGUGUUUAUUCAGCCAAAGGGGCAACUAGUGUCACAGCACGUUACAUAGAAGCACGGCUAGGAAAACCAUCGUUGGUUAGAGAAACAUCAAGAUUUUCGUUUCUCGACACAAUAAAGCAUCCCAUCGAAGCAAUAAAAAAAAUUCGAACAAAACAACAAGACGCUCUGUCUGGUGUAGUUUUAGCCCCGCAGUUGGAGGAACGUCUCAGAGACAUUGCUAUUGCUACAAAAAAUACCAAACAAAAUAGGGGCAUGUACAGGAAUAUUCUAAUGCAUGGCCCUCCUGGUACAGGAAAAACCAUGUUUGCAAAACGAUUAGCUAAACAUUCAGGGAUGGACUAUGCCAUUUUGACAGGGGGCGAUGUGGCCCCCAUGGGUCGGGAUGGGGUGACAGCUAUCCAUAAAGUCUUUGAUUGGGCUCACAGUACCAGGAAAGGUUUGUUGCUGUUCGUGGACGAGGCGGACGCAUUUUUGCGCAAACGUUCAUCGGAGCACAUUUCUGAAGAUCUGCGCGCCACACUUAACGCAUUUCUGUACCGAUCUGGCGAACAAAGUCAAAAAUUUAUGUUAGUUCUUGCCUCAAACACUCCGGAGCAGUUUGAUUGGGCGGUGAAUGACCGUCUUGAUGAAAUGGUACAGUUUGGUUUGCCCGGUUUGGAGGAACGCGAGCGUUUAAUUCGGCUCUAUUUUGAUAAAUUCGUUUUGGAGCCUGCGACUGAGGGCAAACGGAGGUUGAAAGUUGAUAAUUUCGAUUACGGUGCGUUGUGUAGCCAAAUGGCACGGAUGACCAAAGGCAUGUCUGGCCGAGAAAUCGCAAAAUUGGGGGUGGCAUGGCAGGCGGCGGCCUACGCGUCUGAGGAUGGUGUUCUGACCGAGAAAAUGGUCUUGGAUAGGUGUAGAGACGCAGUGAAACAACACAGACAAAAGGUCGAGUGGCAAUCCGAACAGGAAAAGAAGGAGUCGAAGAGUAUAUAUCAUUCUGAAAAGGAAGAUUCCUAUUCACCUGUAGUGCCAAAGCAGAAAGCUAGCCAAGCGGAGGAAGAGGAGGUGGAUACAGCGAAAGUUAGAUAGAUUAUAGCGACCAAAUAGGGUAACACAAUCGUACUCUUGUAGUUUUAAAUUGGCAAUCCCGCAAACACAGAACUGACCCAGUCACUGCCGUUUAUCAGUUCUGUGUUUGCCGCCCAGUAAACUAAAUUAAACGGUUUAAGUUUACUGACUGUUGUUUAUAUUUAUACAAGGAAAGUGAGUUCACCACCAACUGGUGUGCAUUUAAUUCGCCAAAUUUCGGUUGUUGUUAAAUUAUUGCAUUGGUUUUUUAUAUUUAUAUGCAAUUUUUUAAGGGUCUACUUCUCGUGGUUUUGUUCAAUUGUGAUAUUGUUGAGUGCGUCUUAGGGAAGUUUAUAUUAAAGUUCUCCGCAUUCAAGGUCAAGAUUUUGUUGCUGUUUUUAAAAUUGUCCAAUGUAAAAUACUGUAGAUAAUUGGACUUCCUUUAAUAAACACUUUUUACAA